AAAUUCAUUUCAAUGCCCAGCCAUUUUCUCUCUCUCCCGCUCCUCCUACUAUAGCACUAAUUCUCCCCAUCACAAAAACCCUAGCCUCCUCUUUUUCUUCCAUCCUCAUCAUCCAUGGAGUUCUGGGGUAUUGAAGUUAAGGCUGGACAGCCUAUUAAAACAGACCCUGGUGCCAGUUAUGUCAUCCAUCUUUCUCAGGCAUCGCUUGGCGAGUCAAAGAACAAAACAGAAUCUGUUCCCCUCUAUGUGAAUGCUGAUGGGAAGAAACUCGUUCUUGGAACUCUUUCCCACCAGAAUUGCCCUCAAUUAUCUUUUGAUUUAGUAUUUGACAAAGACUUUGAGCUCUCUCAUAACUGGAAAAAUGGGAGCGUCUAUUUCCUUGGUUACAAAACUUUUGUGCCGGAGGAAGGCACUGAUGACGAAUUGGAUAUGUCUAGUGAGGAGGAAGGCAGCGGGGAUGAGGAGCCUCCUGUGGCAGCUGCAGAAAAUGGAAAAGCUAAGGCAGAUGCAAAAACAGCUAAGGCUAAUGCCGGGAAACCUGAUGCUGUAAAACAAGCUGUCAAGAUAGAAGAACCAAGUAAUAACAAGAAAAGUGAGGAUGGUGACGAUAAUAGCCAUUCUGAGGAUGAAAGUGGUUCUGAUGAGGAAGAUGAUUCUGAGGAUGAAGAUGAGUCUGAUGAGAGAAAUUUGAAUUUUCUGUUUUCUGGACAGAUGUCCAUGGAUGAAAGUUCAGACGAUGAGGAUGAGGAGACACCCAAGAAGGUUGAGUCAAGCAAGAAGAGACCUGCAGAAGCUGCAACCCCUGUUUCUGCGAAAAAGGCAAAAUCUGCAGAUGGUAAGAAGGGUGGUCACACGGCAACACCUCACCCAUCAAAGCAGGCUGGGAAAACAUCAGCGAAGAGUCCAAAGUCCGGUGGUCAAUUCUCUUGCGGGUCUUGUAACAAGUCCUUUGGCACUGAGGGUGGUCUAGAAUCUCACAAGAAGGCCAAGCAUGGUGGCAAAUGAGGUGGUGUUACAUGCUCUUAAGUGCAUGUUUAAAUUUUGGGAUAAGAGAUGGCUUUGGUAGUAAAUGAGGGGUUUAUGGUUAAAAAAGACUUUGCGGGAUCCUUAACUUUUGAUUCCAAACUAUCAUUUUGGGUAUUAUUUUUAAGUUGUAAUGUUGUCUGUGUUCUAAUUGUCAGUUUUUAUUUACAUGGUCUUAAUGAAAGGUUUAUGUUUGCUGACUUGCUAAGGUCAGGGAAUAAUCAAA